AAAAAACAAGCAGAAGAUACGAUCCAAGAUUCAGCUUGUUUUGAGGCUUCCACCCCUCUGUCACUCCCUACAUCAUCACUGAUUGAAGAAAUCAGGUAGUUUUCCAAAGAAUACACCCACAAUGGAGGGAGUUCAUUCACCAAGCAAGGCCUCACGGCAAGUUCUUGCUAAGGAGGACAACCCAAGACUGAAUCAUAAAGGAAGACCCAAAAGACACUGUUGUGAUGAUUGCAAGCAAGUCUUCCCCACUUCAGCAAACCUGAAGAUCCAUAAGAAAACUCACACUGGUGAUAAACCGUAUAGAUGUGAGCAGUGUGGAGCAGGUUUUGCCCAACAAGGUACCCUAAAGCGACACCAGCUUAUUCACUCUGGAGACAAGCCUCACAGAUGUGAGCAGUGUGGAGCGGCUUUUGCCCGGAAAAGUUCUCUAAAGAGUCACCAACGUAUUCACACUGGAGACAAACCUUACAGAUGUGAGCAGUGUGGAGCGGCUUUUGCCGAACAAAGUAACCUAAAGCGACACCAGCUUUUUCACUCUGGAGAAAAGUCUUACAGCUGUGAUCAGUGUGGAGCGACUUUUACCACAUCAAGUCAUCUAACGAGUCACCAACGUAUUCACACUGGAGACAAGCCUUACAGAUGUCAGCAGUGUGGAGCGGCUUUUGCCCAACAAGGUAACCUAAAGCGACACCAGCUUAUUCACUCUGGAGACAAGCCUUACAGAUGUGAUCAGUGUGGAGCGGCUUUUGCCACAUUAGGUUAUCUAACGAGUCACCAACGUAUUCACACUGGAGACAAGCCUUACAGAUGUGAGCAGUGUGGAGCGGCUUUUACCGAACCAAGUAACCUAAAGCGACACCAGCUUAUUCACUCUGGAUUCAAGCCUCACAGAUGUGAGCAGUGUGGAGCAGCUUUUGCCACAUCAAGUCAUCUAAGGCGACAUCAAAGUAUUCACACUGGAGACACGCCUUACAGAUGUGAGCAGUGUGGAGCGGUUUUUGCCCAACAAAGUUCUCUAACGAGUCACCAACGUAUUCACACUGGAGACAAACCUUACAGAUGUGAUCAGUGUGGAGCGGCUUUUGCCACAUUAGGUACUCUAACGAGUCACCAACGUAUUCACACUGGAGACAAGCCUUACAGAUGUGAUCAGUGUGGAGCGGCUUUUACCACAUCAAGUCAUCUAACGAGUCACCAACGUAUUCACACUGGAGACAAGCCUUACAGAUGUGAGCAGUGUGGAGCAGGUUUUGCCACAUCAAGUAAUCUAACGAGUCACCAACGUAUUCACACUGGAGACAAGCCUUACAGAUGUGAGCAGUGUGGAGCAGCUUUUGCCCGACAACGUUCUCUAACGGAUCACCAACGUAUUCACACUGGAGACAAGCCUUACGGAUGUGAGCAGUGUGAAGCAGGUUUUGCCACAUCAAGUCAUCUAAGGCGACAUCAAAGUAUUCACACUGGAUAAAAAGUGUACAUCUGUGAUCAGUACUAGGGCUGAAUGAUUUUUGACAAUCGAAUUGCGAUUUCUUUUUUUUUUUUUCCUCAAUAUUGCGAUUGCGAUUUAAUAUGCGAUUUAUUUUUUUUCAAGGUCCUGUUCUCAUGUAUUUUUCAACUACAC